GGUACGUAGUCGGAAAUCCCGACUGACUCGCCGACCCUGGCUCUCAGCUGUCUGCUACAUUUACUUCCGGUGUAUUAGGCAUUACAAAACUUCCGGUAUAAAAAUAGAAUGCCACACGCUGAAUUUGGCGGGAACUGUAAAGUCCAACAAUUUCCGCAUUUGAACAAUGUCACAAACUCUUUCGGAAAGAGAGGUAGAAUUUCUACGACAACAUUUUACAGAAGUUAGAACAGAUGAGAAUUACUUUUAUGGCAUUUUUGAUGAAGAUGACAAGUCUUUUAAUUCUGUUUUAGAGGAAUUCAUUUGCCUUUCAUCUAGUUCGUUUGUUAAGGUUGACUUUCACGCAAAAGGAGACAAACGAUACUCUGAAUCAGCUUCUCCCGUAUUCCAGCAUGUCCGAGGGAAUCUUCCUAUAAAGUUUUUUGGACACCCUUUCUUGGUUGAAUCUGCAGAAACGCAGCAUUGUCUUUAUGGACCUAUUAAGGAUAGCAAAGGUGGCAAGAAAAAGACUGCACGCCCUGGAGAGCACGACUAUGGAAGGUCUUACCAGAAAAUCGAAGGUACUCGAAAGCUGGACUGUCCUGCUUCAAUACAGAUCAGGUGCAUUCGGGUAUUCGAUGAAUACACGGUCGACCAGACAUCCCACUCCAGCCCGAAUAGCUUCAAAAGCGCAAAGAAAAGUGCUUUGGAUCGACUUAAGAGGAGCUCUCGAGAGUGAAAUCCCCACGUCAACCACCUUGCGUUAAUAUGUGAAGCUUCCUCUGUGUGUUGAACACAGAGGCCAUCCACUGGGAGAAGCUGCGACCAUAAACCAGCUGGUCGACAAGAAGGUUAUUUCAAAGAUCUAAGAGCUCGUCGCCAAAGGCAUUACGCGACCAGACCAGGUGAGACAAUACCUAGAGGAGUAUGUAGAGAGGGAUCUGUUCCCAAAGAAAUCAAACAGGCGUUACUUUCCAACAAGACAAGACCUCCGCAACCAUAUAGCUAAAGCCAUCUCGGCAUCGCGGUACUCAAAAGAUGACCAAGAGUCCCUGGAGCGGAAGGUUGAAGAAUGGCAGACGGACGACUCAACGACGAAGUUCUUCUACCGAACAAAGUCAAAAGUGGCGAAAGGAGAGUCAAUGGAGGGAGAGACGACAGAAGGAGUAAACUCUGUCUGCAAGAAGUAAACUCUGUCUGCAAGACGACAACAAGGAUUGGCUGGGGUGUGACCGCUGUGGCCAGUACUUUCAUGCCACCUGUGCCAGUGUCGACUUUGCAACAGCUCUUUCCUCACAAUUUUACUGCCCCUAAUGCCCCUGAUCCUGUCAUAUUGAUAUAAUUGUGGAUUACUAAGUGUCAAUAGUUUCCUAAUAAUUAUUUUAACAGGGCCGUAGGAGCUCAUUGAGGGUGCUUUCCUUGGGGUGAUAGAAGUCAACGAGAAUGGAUAAAACAGAUUUAGUGUAAUGGGCUCAAGUAAGCUGUGGAACAGUGAUACAGAUUGAAACGAAAAAUCAUUAUUUUGCUUAUUAAAGAAUUUCUUGGAUAUAAAUCUAAUACUAUGGAGUCAUGUAGGCUUGAUAACCAGUCUGAAAUUUCCUUUUUUUGUACGUACCUCCUGCCCGUUAACAGAGACAUAUCUGGUGCAAACAAUGUAGGAAUAGUGUAAGACCCCACUGAAAUUUGUGGUGGCUUGUUAUGACUUUAGUUGCUAUAGUGACAGUGGUGGUGAAGGGUCAGGAAGAUCAGCUUGGGAUCUCAAGAUUUUUAGCCUUGUCUCAUGGAUAGCAUUUUGUGAAUUGCUGUAUACAUUCUACUUUAUCACUUAAAGAUAAAAUUAUUGGUGUUAUCUCA